AUGGUGGAUAAUUCGAUGAAAGUCUUCAUGGAUAACUUUUUGGUUUUGGGAGAUACAUUUGAAGCGUGUCUUGAGCACCUUGGUAGAGUUAUGCAAAGAUAUGUCAAAACAAAAGAUGUUCUCAAUUGGAAGAAAUGUUACUUCAUUGUCAAGGAAGGUAUCGUAUUGAGGCACAAAAUUUUAGGAAAUGGCAUACAAGUUGCUCAAACUAAAGUUGAAGUUAUCGCCAAGUUGGCUCCUCCUAUUUUGGUUAAAGGUGUUAGAAGCUUCUUGGGUCAUGCGGGUUUCUACCGGAGGUUCAUAAAAGAUUUCUCUAAGGUGGCUCAUCUUCUUUGCACGCUACUUGAAAAGGAAAGUGUCUUCGAGUUUAAUGAAGCUUGUGUCAAGGCAAUUUUGUGUUUAAAAAGAGAAGCUCAUUUCUUCUCCUAUCAUUGUUGCUCCAAAUUGGAGAAUUCCAUUUGA